CACUGGCGGCCGAUGGGUGUUGAGCCGCGGGCCCGUGCACUACCGGUGGUUGGAGAGCACUUGUGUUGUGAUGUCUGCCAAGGAUAUAUCAACCCGUGCCAGCAGCGAGACGCCAGUAAUUGCCGAGAUCUCAGGCUAGCGGUAUCGGCUGUUGGACAGCCCCCCGAGGCCACAGUGUACAGUAGUACCGGUCACCCCUGGUAUGCUGUUACUUACCGCACAUACGGGUCAAAGAGCUGUGGUAUCCCCCAGAUUAGAGUAGAGGUGUUCUACAGUGAGAACCACGCCAGGAAUUUUCGGAAGCACACAGACCCACACCUCGGUCAGGACGUUACAAGGAUAAACGUUGGAAUAUUCAGUGUCAGUGGCUACACGAAGAAGUGAGCGGUCGGGUUUUUUUUUCUUGGAGGCUUGACCAGUCUUCAAGCAGAACAAGUGACUAGACUGUGUCUGACAGGCGUUGUAUAUCUUGUUCCCUAAGACACAUCGGGAGCAGACUUGAAGGCACCCCUGUAACAGGAGAACUUCUUUAAGACGACGAGCACAUCUUCUGUGUCCAAGACGACAGAGACAAAGCCAACGAGACGACACAACAAGAGUUUCUACUCCUCGACAAGGCGACUACAGGUAGAGUGACGGACACUUCGGUGGACCACGUCGAGCAAGAUUCGGGCCGAUGCAAAGAAUCAAGCCCAGGAGCCGCAGGUAGGCUUUGAAAAGCCGGUCUGAAGAAAAAAAUCUUGGCGGGCCUCUGACCUACAUCCGGGGACUUGCGGCUGUGUGAACCUAUCGUCUGAUUCUGAGUCACAGGUGCGGCUCUCCGCUGACCGGUUCAGACAUCUCCGCAGAAGCAACCGUAUUCAGGAAAAAUACUGUCUCAAACUUCAGAACGUAUGGUCUUGCACGACGUCCUAACGGUUGCUAAGGAACUGAGCGAGAAGCAUCGUCUGAAAAUGACGUCACCGUUCAUAAAGCCGAAUCCGAAGAUUUUGAAGAAGAGUAAUUCGUGGACUCAAGGUGCCAACCGGCCAAUCAGAAUAGUGGUGCUUGGACAAGCGGCGGUCGGCAAGACAGCUCUGGUUGUCCGGUACAUCACGAGGCGGUUCAUAGGGGACUAUGACCCCACGUUAGAAACAAUCUACAAGUGUAGCACGUACGUAGAUGGGGAUGAACUCCAGUUUGAAAUAUUGGACACAGCAGGACAGGACGACAAGGCGAUGACCUUGGAAGACAAGAUCCGGUGGGGCGACUGUUUCAUCAUCGUGUAUUCCAUCACGGACAAGUGCAGCUUCGACGAGAUCACCAGAAUCAAGUUCCUCAUCAACCACGUGCACGGGCUGCAGAACGACAAGGUCAAGGUCGGGUCAUCGAACGACCGGAAGUUCGAACCUCCCGUCAUGCUCAUCGGCAACAAGAAGGAUCUCCUGUUGGACAGAAUGGUGAAAGCGCAUGAAGGGGAGAACAUGGCGAAAACGUUAGGCUGUUUGUUUUUCGAGGUUUCCACCAGAGAGUCGUACGGAGAAGUUAGAACUGCUCUGGACAGUUUAGCCAGAGAGUGUAAGAAGAGGUUCCGGUCGUCUGCGUCGCCUGGCAACCUGAGGAGAAGAAUCAGUUCCGGAAGGCUGUUUUCUUCCUCAGACAAGAAAAAGUCGUCUGAUCGGAGGUUCAGUGUGGACGUCAUGACUGAAACUCCCAGAACAACACGAAGAGCCGCAAUAUACAGUGAAUAGGGACAAUCAUAGAAACAGAUAUGUAUAUUAUUACGUCCGCUUAUUUAUUUGCUUUAGAUGUGUUUCUUCUGUAGUAUACAUCAGGCCGAAUAUUAAUGACAAAUGUACGUGUAAACAAUUUGAAUAUAUUUCUACUGUCUCUAUUAACUCAAAUUAUAACGGCCACUAUUAAUGUAUAUAUGUAAAAAUCUAGACCUAUGUGUUAUGGGAUAUGAUAUACGAAUGUAUUGCGCUGACAGUUUGUAAUAUAGUAAGUUGUAAAAUAUUUGCAAGAUUUGUAUAGCAAACGAUCGUACACAACUACCGUCGCCAUGUCAUACAUGGAUCAGAAUCCACGAGAUUGAUGGUGAAACAAACGCUUAAAAUUCCUUUUUCCAAUUUCUUCUGUUUUUGUCAUCGCGCUUGCCUGGUAACGCUAGUUCACUUUUAUCCAUGGAGUAACCUGUAUUCGUCGUAUCUAAAAACGGGGCAUUUAGGCAAAUCAUCUGGAUGGACGGUGGUUUCAAAUUGAAUUUUUUCAAUAUAUUACAGUUUGAAACCACCGCCCGUUGACUUGAUGGCCCGGAUACCCUACUUUCAAAAACAACGAAUAUAGGUUACCCCACGGAUAAAGGUGAACUAACGUUACUACUCUUCGAGAAGAAGUUGAUGGGAAAUCGUUACCUUUUUCUUACAUGCGGUCCUUUUCUGUUGACCACUCGAGGUUAGCUGACAGGAAAGAACGGCAUGUAAGAAAAAGGUAGCGAUUUUCCCCGUUAACCUCUGCUUGGAGGGUAGCCCGGUACGAAAUGACAUUAUAUGUCAGAUUUCAGAUUUAGAACAUAAUGUUAUCAGACGCAGCACGCCCCGUUGUCAAACAAGCUUGUUUUGGGGGGACAGGUACUUUCAUUGACGUAAAACGGUCAUAAAUUUCUAGUGAAAGAAAAGUGAUAAGAUUAAACGUUAGCGGUUCGCAUUCUACAAGAACUUGUAGCAUUGUCAAAACAAAUUUUCUUUUAAGAAAGGCGUUAACAAGUCUACUGUGAUUUUCCUCGAAUGUCCUUUAAAUGUUACGAGUUCGACUGUUGGUGUCUACAUGUGACAUUGCAUGAAAUAUGAUUUUUAGGUUCGCCUUUAAGUUCUGUUUCCUCACUCUAGUGGGAAAGGGAGACAUUUACGCAUGCGUUAAGGUAUGUUUGAAGAUCAGAUUUCGUGCAGUGUGCAUUUUUGUCCAUACAUACAUACUGGUCUUAGUUGCAAAUGUACAGUUCCUGUGUGCCCCCAUUUUCAUUAAAUGACAAAUAAUUGAAAAUCCAAAAUCAAGUAAAGGUCACAGACAUCACAGAAUGAAGAAAUGAGAUGUAAAAAUAAGAAUAUAUUUGUAUGUAAAGAUAUACUAUAAAUGUUGAUGAUAAAUGUCGAAGCCUGUACAUGUUGUUGUAAAUGGGGCAAUACCUGAGGUCAUAAAAUGACACGUAGGUGUAAAUGAUUUAUUGAUAUCAGAUAGGGUUGAGCAUAACAAGGCAAUAAAACUGUUUUAUAUGCUUU